AGAAGAAGACGAAAAGAGCAUAUCAGUGAUUAUUUAGGUUAUAGUGAUCAAAUUUGCGUUAGUAAAAAAUAUAAACAGAAGUUUGUUUGUGAUCUGUUAACUAGAACUGCCAAAAUGCCGAAAUAUUACUGUGACUAUUGUGAUACAUACUUGACUCAUGACUCUCCUAGCGUUAGAAAAACGCAUUGUACGGGUAGGAAACACAAGGAUAAUGUUAAAUUUUUCUAUCAAAAAUGGAUGGAAGAACAAGCUCAGCAUUUGAUUGAUGCUACUACGGCUGCUUUCAAAGCUGGUAAAAUAACAAAUAACCCUUUUGCCCAACCAGGAAAGGGUGGAGUUGCUAUCCCACCACCAGCACAGCUUACAAUGGGUCAGAGACCUGGAGGGCCAGGAAUGAUGCCACCCGGAGCUAUGGGACCUGGAGGUCCAAUGCCACCAAUAAUGAUGGGACCACAUGGACCUUUACCACAUAUGAUGGGAAUGAGACCUCCAAUGAUGGGUAUGCCUAUGGGACCAAUGGGACCUAUGGGCCCCAUGGGUCCAGUUAGGCCACCUAUGGGAAUGCCAAUGAAGAAUUAGUUGAAAAUGCAUUAGAAAUCGUGCUUUCUCUCUUUGAACACACAAAUGACUGUACCGAAAGAGACAAUCUGCUGGGGAGAAUAUUUAUUAUACUAGGUUUGAGUUUCUUUUGGAUAUCUAGUUUUUGUACUGUAAGUUGAGUUCGAGAUAAAAGUACAUUAGUUGAUAAUAUCAGUUUUAAUUGAAUGAGAUGGUUGAAAAAAUCAGUAUUUUACUGUUUCCAUUAAAAUUAGGUUGAUUUCUUGGCUUACUUGUAAUUAUUAAUGAGUGAAUGAUGUAACAUAUUCAGUGAUAAUCUACUCAGCCAAACAAAAAAACAAAUUCAUAUAAGAUUUAAUAGAAUAUCCAAGUACCUUUUGUCAUGUUAUUGGCAUUUGUAUUAUGAAAUUUCUUUCUGACGUUUUGCUAGCAUGUAAGGCUAGUUUUUUUAGAGGUGCUUUCAUCCAAGAUGUAGAAAUUACUUUCAAUUGUAAUACUCAUAAUAAUCAUUAAACUCGACCAAAGAUAUGGAUAUGGAUAUUCGUUUUUUGAUAAUUGUUUAAUGAAUACAUUGGAGUUUCAAGUACAGAACAUGACCGGUAAAAUCUUCUUUGGCGAGAGAAAUCAAGACCUAGAAUGGAACCGAAGAUUGCAGUAUGUAAAACUGUCCCAAAUGUCACCGGCUACCCAUUGUACAUAAAAUAUGUAAACUAAUAAUAUUAAUAUAAGUGUAUUUUUAAAA